AUGACCGUGACUCAGGAGCAGCCGUUGACCUAUGCCAAAAUGAGAGGGCUCGUGACUUUUCUCUCAGCUCUGCUCAAAGGGAAGAGAGUUGGCUUCAGUGACUUCUUACACAAAUGUGUUUCCAGUCAGCAAUUCUGCCAACACCGGGACACCCAGAAACUCCUGCGGAAACAGAGCAGGCUGAGAAGAGAGAAGGGGGAGAGAGGCACAGUGAGCUCAGUGAACACAGAAACCUCACGGAUGAAACCGUCAGACUUUGACUACCUCAAAGUUAUCGGCAAAGGCAGCUUUGGAAAAGUGCUGCUGGCAAGGCAUAGAGAACAGGGAGGUUACUAUGCUGUGAAAGUGCUGCAGAAACAGAUGAUUGCCAAAAGGAAAGAGCAAAGGCAUGUGAUGGUUGAGAGGAGCGUGCUGCUGAAAGGACUACAACAUCCAUUCCUGGUGGGGCUCCACUUCUCUUUCCAGACACUAAACACACUCUACUUUGUACUGGACUACGUUAAUGGAGGGGAGCUUUUCUACCACCUUCAGAGGGAGGGCUCAUUUCCUGAACCUAGGGCUGCUUUCUACGCUGCAGAGAUGGCCAUGGCGCUGGGCUACCUCCACUCUCUCGACAUUGUUUACAGAGACCUCAAACCAGAGAACAUCCUGCUGGACAGUGAGGGUCACGUGAUGCUGACUGACUUUGGGCUUUGUAAAGAAGGGGUGGCCAUAGGCGGGAUCAUGCAUACAUUCUGCGGGACUCCUGAGUACCUCGCUCCAGAGGUGCUACAAGGCCACCCGUACAGUCCUGCAGUGGACUGGUGGGGCCUGGGCAUUGUGCUGUUUGAGAUGCUCUAUGGACUGCCUCCAUUUUACAGCCGAAGCAAAGCAGAGAUGUUUGAGAAUAUACUUCACGCUCCUCUGCAGGUGCGUAGUGGAGGUUCUCAGGCAUCACUGUUAGAGGAAUUGCUGGAAAGAGACGUCUCCAAACGCUUAGGGGGGAGCCGUGACCUUGUGGAGGUGCAGGAACAUCCCUUCUUUGCAUCCAUCAGCUGGGACGACCUCCUGGCCAGGAAAGUUAGACCCCCCUUCAUCCCGAAAGUGGCUGGCCCCUGUGAUUUCAGCUACAUCGACCCUGAGUUCACGCUACAACCUGUCCCUGCGUCUGUGAAUGAGCGGUGCCAGGCGGGCGGGACCAGCGAGGCCUUCCCAGGAUUCUCCUUCAUGAACCCAGUGGAGUAUGUGGCAGCAGAGCCACUUUCAUAACAACGGCAAAUCCUCGGAGAGCAUGUUUGUUCAAAUAUUUAUUUUUGAUGUCAUAAAUGAUUAAAUCAAAGUCUAUUUUUAAACACUCACGCAAAAAGAUUCUUAUGCUAACACUGCAUGUUUCAUCAGUUAUUAAAUGACACUAUAUUUGUAUUUUAUUAGUUAUUUUAAGCAUCAGUUAAUAAUGUGAAAUAGGCUGGUCACUAUUUCACAAGAUGGAAAAAUAAACACUCAAUCUGAA